GAUUUCAGCUUUGAGCGUCUGCACGUGUGACAAGUUGUGAAAGUAAACUGAGCAGAUCGGCGAUCAGCAGCUGCAUUUCAUAUCGAAGAGAGAACAAUGUCUACUGAACCACUAGUAACCGAUUACAAAUACAUUUUUCAGAGAGAUGUAUUAAGAGGUAAAGUGGCAUUUAUUACUGGAGGUGGAACAGGAAUAGGAUUCACGAUAGCAGAAGUAUUGAUGAGACAUGGCUGUGACACAGUUAUUGCCAGCCGCAGACUCGAUGUUGUGAAAAGUUCAGCUGAAAAACUGUCAAAAGCCACAGGUCAAAAAUGUCUGCCACUACAAAUGGAUGUCAGAAAGCCAGAGACGAUAACAAAGGCUGUCGAUGAAGCUCUGGGACAAUUCAAGCAUAUUGACAUCCUGGUCAACAAUGCAGCAGGGAACUUUCUAUGUCCAGCUGAGAACCUCUCUUUCAAUGCCUUCAAAACAGUGAUGGAGAUUGAUGCCCAUGGAACCUUUAAUGUCUCCAAAGCUGUGUUUGACAAAUACAUGAAGAGUAAUGGUGGAGUUAUUAUCAACAUCACUGCAACACUUAGUUUCCGUGGACGGAUUUUACAAACACAUGCUGGAUCAGCCAAAGCUGCCAUUGAGGCAAUGACCAAACACUUGGCAGUAGAGUGGGGGGCCAAUGGCGUAAGAAUGAUGUGUGUAGCUCCUGGACCGAUAGCGGACACGGAAGGAAUGAGGAGACUGGGGGGAGAAAGAAUCACUGAUGCCUAUGUAAAGUCAAUUCCAGUCCAGAGACUUGGAAAGCGAGAGGAUAUUGGUAACACAGUGUUGUACAUAGUGAGUCCUGCUGCAGAGUUACUGACGGGAACCACUGUGGUGGCUGAUGGAGGGGCGUGGCUUACAAGUGAAAACAAUUAUUGGGCUCUUAAGAACAGCCCCGUCUUCAAACAAUUAUCUAAAAUGUAAUUAUGACCGCUGAUUUGCAUAUAUUAUUGUCUGUGAUAGAAAAGAAGGCAAUGGAUUUUUGUACACAGUGAAUGUAACUAUAUGAUUGUUUAGUCAGAAUUAUAUUUUUAACUAUUUUAUUACCAUUCAUAAUUGUUAUAUUAUUGUUGUUAAUCUAUUAUUAUCUUACAUUAUACUACAUGAUUCAAGGAAUACUUUUGUAUCGAGUAUUGUUCCUCCUGUGUAGGAAAAUUUUGUGAAAUAAAAUCCUUUAGAAAUCACAAAGGCUGCUAAUUCCACAUUGGUCCAGUGCCUCUA